UCUCUCUUUGGAGAGCGUUAAAGUUUAGAAUUUUUGGGUUUUUGAAUGAUGAGUUGGCUGAGAGUACUGAAGUCCGUACAGGCCGUAGCGGCCCACGGCCUGCUCUUGUGCUUCACGUUCUUGCUCGUCCUCAAGCUCGACCAAGUCAUCUUCAACUCCUGGUGGGUUAUUUUUCUCCCACUUUGGAUAUUUCAUGCAGUUGUUGCCCGAGGAAGAUUCUCAUUACCUGCUCCAUCAGUUCCACAUAAUCGUCAUUGGGCACUAUGCCAUGCAAUUGUUGCGACCCCAUUGCUUAUUGCGUUUGAGUUGCUCCUUUGUAUAUAUCUUGAGAGUGUUUAUGGUAAACAACUGACACCCUCUUAUUGGUUAUUUACCAUUCGGAUUGAGAUAUAGUUCUAAGGCCUUCCAAU